AAUGUCACUUCCUGAAGUGAUAGUCAUUCUUCUAGACAUAUCAAAGGCGAUGUUGGAACCAGCGAACCAACUUGAUUCAAAGUUGAAGUGUGCUAUAACAGGAAUAAUCCAUUUUUUAAAACUCUGCUCGUGGCAAACAAUUUCAUGUGUCACUUUUGCUUCGAACUGCAAAAUUCUACAAGAAUUCACUAAUGAUCAUAUUCCAUUAACCGAAACAUUAAAUAAUUGGGAGUUUCACUCGGACGAUCCUCCUGGGGAAAUAUGGGUGGCCUUGGAAUUUACUGAACAUUAUGUAACUGAAAAGUUCGGUUCAAGGCAGGCGUGUCAAAUUAUCGUAAUUACAGAUGGUCGAAUACCACAAGCGGAUGAAGUUAGUAAAGAUGAUCAUUCAAAACAAACUGAGUGUACAUUGCAACGGUAUAAAAAACUUUUGAACAGACAUUUGCCAUCCAGAGUUACAAAAAAUCACCCUAAAGGUGAAUUUACUCUCGAAAGGGAAGUUUUGCCCUAUAAGGGCACCCUCUCACUUGGAAAAAUAACCAUGUCAAUACACGUAUAUCCUAUUAUCCAUGUUGAUGAUGAUGUACAGCAAUUGAUAAAAAUUAUGUCUGUUGUGGGAUUUAAGCCAAAAGAAUCGCUACAAGGGGAGUCUACUUAUCUACGCUUUUGGAUGUUUUUGAAUGAUGAAAUUAAUGAAAAUGUGUAUAAUAAUGAAUAUUUUCACGUCUUAAGUUCAUCACUAAGAAAAGAAAAUCGGGUAGCAAUCGUUUGGUUGCAAAACAACACCUAUGCCACCAUCGAAGCACCAUCUUCUGAAUCAUAUUUCUAUUUUACGAUGUAUUCACAUGAAAGUGCAAAAAAUUUGAUGACACCAUCGCCGAUGCCUAUAAAUACACAGUCAAAAAGUUAUUUAUCUAACAACAUCGAAUUACCUAAAACAGAACUUAUUGAGUCGAUGUUGAACAAAAUCCAAAGAUACGUUGCAAAUUUGCCAAAUGAGAUCGCCAAGUUAACAACGGUUAUUCAACAAAUAUCAAGGAUUACUGAUAUGUUUUGCUAUAUAUCGCUUCGGGAAAAAGUAAUUGAGAAUUUGCAAGACCUACGAAUUCAGUCGCCAGAAGCCGAGAACAGAGCAAUCCUUACUCAAUGCUUACAAUUACUAGGCGAUACCGAUUUUGAGGAGGAAGAUGAUGAGGAUAUUGAAGCAAUGGAUUAUGAAGAGGAAAGGGAAGAUCCUGAAGAUUACGAGGAUCGUAAAGAUGAGGAACGUAGUAAUACUAGGAUUUCACUCAAUGAUUUGCUAAAUUGGUAA